CUCAUAGUGUGAUGUCAAUGACGUCGCUUAUACGCUGCUUUCACUGUAUCGCCUUGGUGGACAGUAUAGUGACUUAAAAAAAUGAAAUGGAAUAAAAUGUUGCAGAUUCUUUCAGACCGAGACGCCAUUUUAGCGUAAAAUACUCAAUGGUUCUUCACUGAGAAGUAUCCUAUACGGAACUGGCGUCGGCAGACGUGUCUUUUGGGUUUUUAUCGGUUAUAUUUCAGGCUCUUCUCUUCAGCUCCAUCCACAAACAACCUGCCAGAGAAAUGAGUGUGUGCCAUUGUCCUCCACUGCCUUCUUCUUUCUGAGUGUUUAUCCAGGCUACGAGGAAAAGAAAGCUUUUUGGGCUCACUUCUUUUUUUUUUUAACUUGACAACUUGACUGCAGCAAAGCAUCAUGGGUAGGAAAAAGAUACAGAUCCAACGGAUCACAGAUGAAAGAAACAAACAGGUGACAUUCACAAAGCGAAAGUUUGGCUUGAUGAAGAAAGCAUACGAGCUGAGCGUGCUGUGCGAUUGCGAGAUCGCCCUGAUCAUCUUCAACCACGCCAACAAGCUGUUCCAGUACGCCAGCACCGACAUGGACAAGGUGCUGCUCAAGUACACAGAGUACAAUGAGCCCCACGAGAGUCGCACUAAUGCAGAUAUCAUUGAGACUUUGAGAAAGAAAGGCUUCAAUGGCUGUGACAGUCCUGAGCCUGAUGGCGAAGACUCCAUUGAUCAGAGUCCCCUCAAUGAUGACAAGUUCCGUAAAACCACAGAAGACCUGGAUGUUCUCUUCAAACGCUACGGACAGUCUACAGCUCCGCCGCAGACCUUCUCCAUGCCUGUCACCGUGUCCAAUCCCAACACGCUGCAAUUCAGUAACCCCGGCAACACGCUGGUAACUACCUCCUACGUAACGUCGCCGUCGCUCACAGACGCCCACCUCCUGUCGCCGCAGCAACCGGCUCCUCAGAGGAACACCGUGUCUCCUGGGUUGCCUCAGCGACCGGCCAGUGCAGGAGCGCUUCUUGGAGGUGACCUGAAUAAUUCAAAUGGCGGCUGUCCAAGUCCAGUCCCUAACGGCUACACCAGUGCCAGGGCCUCCCCGGGCCUCCUGGGCGUAUCCAACGGCAACAGCCUGGGCAAGGUGGCUCCAGCCAAGUCUCCGCCCCCGCCUCAGAGCCCCCAGAUGGUUAACAACCGCAAGCCGGACCUCCGCGUCAUCACCUCUCAGGGCGGGAAGAGCCUGAUGCAAAUGACAGACGAUGAGCUGGAAUUGGUAAACGAGAAUGCCCAGCGGCUGGCAGCCGGAGCCCAAGUGGCACAAACCCUCAGCACACCUGUGGUGUCGGUGGCCACGCCAAGCCUCAUGGCACAGGGGCUGCCCUUCUCUGCCAUGCCCACAGCGUACAACACAGAGUACCAGCUGACGAGUGCAGACCUUACUGCGCUACACGCCCUGGCGUCUCCUAGCGGCUUGUUGCCCAGCAGCGUGGCGUCUUGGCAACCGCAGCAGACCAUCUCCCAGCAACAGCAGCAAACACAACAGCAGCAACAACUUAGUCUUGCAUCGCUCAGCAACUUGGUCAUGUGGGGUGUGGACAAACAGAGCAGCGAGCUGUCUAGCCAGGUGUCCAGUCUGGCUGCCAAUCUGAGUCUCAGCUCGCCGUCCAACCUGCUCUUGGGUAGAGAUGAGUGGUUGGGCCGGCCUGUGACACACAUACCUCAGGGCGCCAUGUUGACGGUAAACACCAGCUCCGGCGUGUGCAUUAAGUCUGAGCCAGUAUCGCCUGGUCGUGACCGCAGCACUCCUUGCCCUCCUCCGGCGCCGCCACCUUCCACCACUGUCACACUGACCGCACCGCCGCAGUACCCAGGUUCCCUGCUGUGCCUGGAGCCCCCGACCGGGCGCUCACCAGCAGACAGCGUGAGCAGCAAUGCCAGCUCCUUCGAAGGCAGCGAUCGCGAAGACACGGGCGGCGGCGCUAACAUCGUAACCGCCACCGCUACAGGAAACGUUGGGCCGGGCCGCUCUGACUUCAGCCCCUCGCCGGAGCUGCAGAGGGCACCCAACGAAGUGGAGCAAGAGGGCGGCAACAUCAAGCGUACGAGAUUAGAUGCCUGGGUGACAUAAGCCAGGAGACGCUCCUCACAACCAGAAGGUUUGAAUGACACUUCAACACAAUACACAUUACAACACAACAUUCUUACUAGUAACACAACAUCGUACGUUUGAGACACAAUCACACGCUUCUUUCUGCUGACUCACUUGUUUGUGGCGUAGAGACAAGUGAGCGAGGAAGAGGCACCACUUCCUGCUUUUCCCCAAACAGGAAGUAUUGAUAACUGCCACAUUAACUACUAAUCAGUGGAGUGCCAAGCGCCCCCCCCUCCGUCCUUCCGGGGACCCCAAAUGUCUCGCUCACGGUGCACGGACACUGACCACCUGUCACUCGCGUCCACUUUUUGUCUCUUCAGCUUUUAACGGCCAUGUUGUGUUCCAGGUGUGUCGUUACCAACUAGCUUUGAUGUCCUCUCUAGCGCACCAACAAGCUCGGUUUCUUUUCUCCUCGCCACGCUUUUCAAAAAGUGAAGUGAAAACGGACGCUUUUCUAUAUUUCUACGUCUUCAAAGCUUUUUGGCUUGACGCGUGUGUCUGUACAUACAGUAUAUUUGCAUAGACUUUGCUAGCUAGCCCUAAAAAAAAAAAAACAAGCAAUGUGUCGACUCAGUGGAUCUGCUUAUCAUAAUUAUUCUAAACGAGCGUGACUUGGAUGUGUGUCACUAGAUGGCCAUGGCGUGUUGGUGAAUCUAUUUAGGCCUGCUUGGUUGUGUUGUGGUCAUUGUUUUGCUACACACUUUGAGAACACGCACACAGCACACAAUCACUUGGCACAUGUUCAUAUCUUACACACAUUUAGCGCUUUUUCUACUUCAAGACAUGAACUGUCUUCUUUGAUGUCAUUUAAUAUGAAUUUGUUCAAUCAUUUCAGCUGUGUGUGUGUGUGUGUACACGUUCUAUAGGAAAUAGAUGCCUACUAUCCCCAACCACACGGUCACUAGACUGUUAGUAAGCCCCACCCCCUUGAUUGUCACACACAGAGCUAAAUGUGACAAGUAACAUUUUUGAAAAGACAUUUUUAGCAGCUAUCCUAAACAAACGUAAGCGCAGACUGUUAUUGCAUUAUGACACAAUCCACCUUUUAAAACUCUUUUGCUUUUUUCAAACUAGCGCUCGCUCUGCGCCAUGCCAGAAUCUCCGUGAAAAAAGAGAAAAGGGUGGGACGGAGAAUGCCAAGUUCAUGCCAACAAUACGACGCUAUGGUCACGUAGCCUUUAAAGUCAACGUUGAACAAUCGCUGUUCAAAUUUGACAGAAUUAAUACUUGGACUAAUGCAAAAACAUCCAUUGCAAAUUUGUAUUUAAAUUUUUUCUCACAAAGAAAUUAAUGUACGGUAUCUAAUAAUCUUUGUUGACAUCUUUUUUCCAAUGAAAAAAAGAAGGUAAGUUUGGAGCUACAUACUUAGCUGGUGAAUAUUAUAAUAGUGAAUAUUUCCAUACCAAACAUUUUGUGGCACUUAAAGCAUGAAUCUCAACUUUUUCUUUAAAAAUACAUUUGAUUAAUAAUAUUUUUGUUUACAAAUAAAAGUUUGUGGCUGUAAAUAACAUACCUUUCUAUGGGAGAGAGUUGAAAGUGGGGUUACCAACUCCCUGGAAAAAAAACCCAGCACAAACUUGUUGUCUGGCUGAUUAACUUUCUGUUCUUUUUUCUGAAAGGAUGUUUAAACUAUUUGACUCUAUCCUGAAUUCAAUUAAAUGAAAGUUUUGGAGUAUUACAUCACAUGGUCAAAACUAAUUGUUCAAUAAUAUUUUUUUCCUAAUAUCUUAAAUAAAUAUAAAACUUUACUGCAAACAGAAUAAAACUAUCCAUUCAAUGGUGUAUAUUUAACAACUUCUAUAACACCAAGAGAGUAGAAUUGUUAAAAAAUUACAGUAACUAGAAUUAGUUACUAGUUAUUGUCAGUGAUCUAUUUGUAGCUUCUCUGUCAGACAAAAUUGAGCUCCAAACUAACCUCUUGGCUUUUUUUUUCCAAAAUAAAAUUUCACUACGGUUAAAAAAUAACGAAGUUACAUUUGGUGUCUGAAGACCAGAAGCGAGGUUAACUCUUGCUAAUGAGCUCGCUGCUGUCCAGGCAAAUAUUGAAUAAUGAUGCCAUAAAAGUGUAAUGCAUUGAGUUUGAUGGGUGAGCGAUCAGAAAUGUUAGCCUCAAUGAAACAAUUGAAACUAUUUUUGAUUGUCGCGUGUAGGGAUGCAACAAUUACCUGUUUUUACUAUUAACCGUCAUUAAAAAGAUAAUGGUUAUUUAACUGCAAAGACUCCACUGCACUGAGUGUUUCAGCCCUCACUCGCUAUAUAAACAAACGUUAUGCUGGUACGGUAUUUUCGGCACAACCUGCACGAAACGAAAACAAAGUUGCCAGCCAACUAUGGAGAGACACGCUAGUAUGCUACAUUAGCUUCAAAAUGGCAACAGGACAUGAAAAUGAGCAGGGAGUCAUUGAUGACGAUUGCUCAGCCAUUUUCAAAACUUGGGUCUAAUAUGUACAACAGUGUGCAGCUUUACACACCAAAGGAAAGGUAAGCUGUAAUAACUGAGUUCAGUUAUGUUAUUAGCAAGUGACUUCGUGAAGAAUUGAGUUAACUAUAAAGGUGUCACUUACAAUCAGGAGCUUAGCAUUAAACUAGUGCUUCUCAUUUAUUUUCUGUUACACCCCCACCCCACUUUCUAUUGCGACAAUAAAUAGUAUAUUUUGUCUAUAAAAUUGUUAUAAGUACACCUCUGCAUAACAUUGUAUCCUUAAGAUUAAAGAAUACAUAGAUAUUGAUCGACUGACAACAUUUUUGUCAGAAAAGAUUUAAAGUGCACCAAUUGGCCUGAAAUUUAAAAUAUAUACAGUCGUGGUCAAAGGUUUAAUACACUUGUAAAGAACAUAAUGUCAUGGCUGUCUUGAGUUUCCAAU